AUGGAGCCCGUCAACAGCACAGAUGUGUCUGAGUUCUUCCUGAAAGGAUUUUCAGGUUACCCUGCCCUGGAGCACCUGCUCUUCCCUCUGUGCUCAGCCAUGUACCUGGUGACCCUGCUGGACACAGGCAUCGUGGCAGUCAGCGUGCUGGAGGCCCGCCUGCACACACCCAUGUACUUCUUCCUGGGCAACCGCUCCAUCCUGGACAUCUGCUACACGUUCACCUUUGUGCCCCUGAUGCUCGUCCACCUCCUGUCAGCCCAGAAGACCAUCUCCUUUCUUGGCUGUGCACUCCAGAUGUGUCUGAGUCUGUCUACAGGCUCCACAGAGUGUCUGCUGCUUGCCAUCAUGGCCUACGAUCGCUACCUGACCAUCUGCCGGCCACUUAGGUACUCCAUACUGAUGAGCCACCGGCUCUGCUUCUUGCUGGUGGGAGCUGCCUGGGUCCUCUGCCUCUUCAAGUCGGUGACUGAGACAGUCAUCGCCAUGAGGCUGCCCUUCUGUGGCCACCAGGUGGUCAGUCACUUCAUCUUCGAGAUCCUGGCAGUCCUGAAGCUGGCCUGUGCUGACACGUCCAUCAGUGAGGUCUUCCUGCUGAUGGGUGCCGUCUUGCUGCUGCCUGUGCCCCUGGCCUUCAUCUGCCUGUCCUAUGCGCUCAUCCUGGCCACCACCCUGAGGGUACCCUCGGCCGCCGGGCAUUGCAAAGCCUUCUCUACUUGCUCAGCACACCUGGCUGUGGUCAUGCUUUUCUACAGCACCGUAAUCUUCAUGUACAUGAAGCCCAAGAGCAAGGAGGCCCGAGUCUCUGACGAGGUCUUCACGGUCCUCUACGCUGUGGUCACACCCAUGCUGAACCCCAUCAUCUACAGCCUGAGGAACAAGGAGGUGAAGGAGGCUGCCAGGAAGGUGUGGGGCAGGAUGCAGGCCUCCAGGUGA